AUGUUUACUACGCUAAACUCUAACCCAAAAAGCAUUGCAAAAGAUGUACUUAUUUCAAAAGAACUUCAGAUAGAAGCUGCUUUAACUCAAUACUUACAAGGACUGGAAUUUCAGAGAAAGCUGGAUCUGGCUGCUGCAUGCAGUGUGUAUGAAUCACUUUUGCGAUUGCCAAUCAUACAGGAUUCAUUGACUCUUGUAACUGAUAUUCAAGGAUCUCCAAUUCAUGCACUACAGUUUUCUGUUCACAAAAACUAUGCGUUUGUUCUUAUAAAAUUGGGUCAGGUAUCGCAUCUGGAUGAUAGAGCAGCUUCACAUUUGCGCCAGGCUCUCGAUAUCGAUACAUCAGAUUUUGAAUGCAAUUUUGCACUCGCCACGAUUUCCCAUAAACUAUCCGACUUUGAAGUUGUAUAUUCUUGCCUUCAACGCUGCAUUACCCACGCAUCCACAGUUACGCAAAAACUGUUUUCUCUUUCUAUGCUAGCAGAGAUUCUCUUUGAUCUUGCAGAGCAUAGAGAAUGUGAAAGUGUCAUUUUCCAGCUUUUAAAGAUUGAUCCCAAAAAUUCGAAUGCUCGUAUGAUUUACGAUGCAAUCCUGCUUGAAAAACUAGAAUGUUCUUCUUUAAUUAGUCGGCUAGACUCUGUAUCAGAUUUGGAUGCUCUUUUCAAACUAAAUUUAGCUCGAUCAAAGUCGGACUUUAAAAGGCAUAUUCGAAAUAGACCUAUCUCCUCAGGUCGUUUCGAUGUCAAACAAACCUCUGGUGUGUUAGUUUUUCGUUCAGAUAUUUUGUGGCAUGAAUUCGGAUCAGCUUUUUUAGGGAUACUGUUACGCUAUAUAGGCGAUUCGGAAUCACCAGAAUUGAAGGAUGAUGUUUGUUUGGAAAAUUUUGACUUUUCCGCACCACUUACAUUAUCUUGCAAGAUCGGACUUGCAAGUAAUGUUUUGGUCAUGGACGAAAAAACGGAAAAAGUUUUGGAAAAUGCUUUGCGUGAGCCAGGUAUUGAUGAAAUAAAUAAUACCGCUACCACAGGCUGUACUUCAACAAAACGAUUAUAUCAGGAAAACACUCGCACUUCAGGACGUGUUCGUCAAAAGGUUGCUGAGGAAACCAUUAGCGCAAAAGGUCUUCGAUUAUGUGAUCUAGAUUCGUUUAUAAAACUUCUUCCAAAGGGCGUACGACUUGAUACGGAAACGUGUUUGAUAGACAAUGAUCUUAAAACCCAGUUUAGUGUUAUACUUCCCACCAUCAAACAAAGACUUUUUCAGUCCUGUCUUUCUAUGGGCAAGAAAAAGGCUGAAAACAUCUCGGAGCCAGUUUUGCCUUCACUUUUAUCCGUUUUAGCUUCAACAAUGGAUGAUUCUGUUCCAGAGUCAUCAACACAGUUUUCUAAUCCAAAUUUGGUACCACACUUUAUUGCGUCACUUGAUAGCAGCAUGACAAUUCAAUCCAUUGUUUCAAGAUACAUUAUCGAUUCGGUAAUGGGACUGCAUACUGUGGAGCAAUCAUUUAUAAAGGAUGAUGCGUGGUCAUUGGAAUUUUCAACUCUUAUCAUCAAGAUGCUGAUAACUCUUGAGCGAUUAGGGUUUUCAACUUGCGAUUUGAUUAGAUUCAGAGAGAAUCUAGCAAAUAACGCGACAGAAUCUUUGCUUUUUUAUAUUCUAUUGGCAGAAGCACUGGUGGAUUCGUUUGAAACGAAUCUGGUGUUAUUGUCCAGCAACUCUUUUACAAAGGGCUUUUUUGGAAUGGAUAAUUCUCUUUUGGAAACAACUCUUUCUGGAAUUUUUUCUCGUUUAAUUGGAGCCAUUGAUACGAUCACGCAGCAUACAUGUGAUGUCAGUUUAGACAUUUCUAUACGUGUGCUGUGGCUAAAAACUCGAUAUAUAUAUGCAACACAAUGCGAGUUAUUUUCUGAUUUUGCACUCAAGCUUCACGAGGAACUAAUGAUGUCCAUAUUCAACAAGAUUGAGGCUGAACGAGGCACUGCAACUGUUCGAUUGUCAAAUAGGGGAUCCAUUCGACAAAUUUCUCCAUUGAUUUUUCAGUCUUUAAUGGAUUUUAUUGAAGCGUUCAAACUUUUUGAAAGUGUAAAGGAGCAUUUUAAAGAAGAUCGUCACAGCCAAGUCAUUGAGAUAUUACUUUCUAUUCUUUUUCCAAAUUUUUCAUACGUGAUACAAACUAUUCCCAAGAUCCCUCAAUCAGUAUGUGAAGCUGCACGUAAACUGAUUUCUUCAAAGGCAGCACCAUGGAGCCAACUUGAAUGCCUUGAGGCUUUGCAAAAGUCAAUUGUUGGCUCGGAUGAAUCACAACUACUAUUUAAUAUACUUCCUGAACUUCUUCAUGGAUAUAUUCUUGCAGUAAUAUCAUCUGAUGAGGCAAAUGAGCUGAUUACUACAAAGGUUCUCAAAACACUUGAAUCAUUGUCAAUGCUAGUGCAAAAUACAGUGGAUGCCAUUGUUGAGCAGCCUCAUCUUUCAAAAGACAGAGUAGUUCAGAUUAUUGCAUUGUCAAACAGUGUUGCUCCUCUUUCAGAACUAAUGGCAAGAGUGUCGUGGCUUCUUAUGGUGGCCGUUUCAGAGGAUGAUGCCGGAUCUGGACUAUUGAAGCGAGGAGGAGAUGCUCGUGAUUGGGUUGGAGGAAUUGUGAGCUGGAGUUGGGUGUUUUUUCUAAGCCAAAUCCAACUUCAAAAACAUAUAUUUUAUAAUACUGCUGAAUGGGGUGCAUUUUUUCCUGAACAUCCGCCACUAGCUGAACCCAGUACGGAAUCCAAUGACACAUGCAAUAGUAUGCGUGAAUCUGACAGAUCCAAGCCUUCAACUAGUGAUAUGCAAGUAGCUAGUAUCAGUAACGACAAAGAAACUAUUGACAGCGAUAAUGACAGUAGUAUUUCUUCUGAUAGUCAAUGUACAAACCCUCGUGACCAUUUUCAAAGUAAUAUUGUCAAAAUGAUGAGCUGGAUCCAUAAUCAGCUUGCAGAAAUACUCAUAUGUGCUUCAUAUCAAGGCGUGUAUCUCAAGUAUAUGAUAAAUAUCCUUUCAAAAUUUGAAUAUGCUGUAUAUUCCACGCAUAUCAACCAGUGCUACGCAUGUUUAUACAAUGUCACAAUCAAACUGGAUCGUCAAACACUAUAUGAACACGAGUCGCCCAUAUUACCAUUUAGUGAACAGCCAGCCAUAGAGAUGUUUAGGCUUUUUUCACCAUAUAUUUUAGACAAACUAUCAAAAGGGAUACAUCGGGCCAUUACAAAUGAUAUGCGUGUUUGGUUUGAGCAGGUCGCUGGUGUACUAGAAAGUAUUCCUAUACGAAACAAUGUACACCGGGCUUUAAAUUAUAUUGGAGGUGCCAUUGUUUGGGCACAAUACAAUGCAAGAUCGGCAAGCUCACUUAAAGGUCAAGAGGCGUGUGAUGAAUUGGAAUUUGCAAUAUCAUUUUUUCUGAAACACUUGUCAAUACUUCCAGAAGAUACAAAUUCAUGGAUCAUUCUUGGCCAAUGUCAGAGUGCCUUGGCUGACGAGCUUUUGAGUUGGAGUGCGGUUAAAAUUGUUGAAAGCAAAACCAUAAUUUCUCAACAUCAACGACGGGCAUUUAAUAGUUUAAUGCGGGCAUGCAAGCUUGUUCAAUUUUCUGGGAAAAGCAAACUACCUCCUGUUGACCUUCAACUGGCUUUGUGGAAAUGUUUAGGCUACCUUGCGUUUUCAAUUGUAUCCAAGCCAAUGCAUGGCAUUGCACUACAACCUGAUUUAUAUCGAGUCAAAAAGUUGUGGAAAGCAAGAUCGCUUAAUAUAUUAUCUCCGACUGGUUGUGCGAUUUUAAACACUCGUCUUCCUGAAGAAAAGAAUGCUGAAAAUUAUACAGUCCAACGACUACAUUUGUUGGGUGUAUCUAUAUUUAGUUUAAAAAAAGCACUAACCUUGGAUUCGUCCGAUUGGCGAUCAUUUUACAAUAUUGCCACCGCUUAUGUAAAACUUGGAAAUGCAACAAAGGCCAUUGAUGCACUCAUUUCUGCAAUAUCCUUGUGUGUAGCAGAUGGGCGAUCCAAAGACUCGGAUCGUGUAUUAGAGCCAAUCAUUAAACUUAUUGAUGUUUUGUCAGUUACAUAUUUUGCCAAAAAAAUCAAUGCAAUGAUUGAUGAUCCAUUUAAUGCACUAUUGGCUGCACUGGGUGUUAUCAAGACAAUUGAUAAAAAAAAGUGGCACCACAAGCCUGUCUAUCGGCAAGCAUGGAUCCACUUUCACGUUUACCAAAAUCCUGCUAAUGCCAAAACGGAGCUUUUGCAGUUAUUUCAAUUUCGCACAAACUCGAUAUCGAUGAAGACCAUUUGGAAAACCGAGUUUGAGAGACCUGGCAAAUUCUUUGUAUACAUUCACAAAUAUGCAAUGUUUCUUAUUACACUAUCUGCAGCCACGUUUGACACAUUGAUACUGAGACAGCUGUACAGACGAAUAUCCAAAAUUGAUGAUAUCUGCCUGGACCAGAAUCAGCUUUUGAUUGAGAUUAGACAAGCGUUUUGCAAGAUGGCUCUAGCAGAUCUUCCAGACAGUCAAACAGUAUUUCGAAUGUGUAAAUUUGUUCAACAGGGACAAUUUCGAUCUAUAGUUGAAAAGGCAGAGCAGAAUAUGUUUAUUAAUUUUAAUGCAGAGAUUGAGUCGCCUGCAGUGAGAUUGCAUUUUGCAGCGGAGCUAAAGCGGGAUAAGCUUUCUGGCACAUCUGUAUCGGAAGCGCUACUUGAACAAGUCAUUAUAGGAAUAUACACCAAGUUAUGCUGGCCAGUGAUUACAGCGGAAGUUUCAGCAGAUAACUGGGACUUUAAUGCGGAUGUAAUGGAUUCGAUUUCAACCACCAACGCGAUCGAUAUGGCCGUCAAUCAUAACAUUGUCUUACAACGAGCCUUGAUUGUAUCAAAACAGUCAUGA